CCGUCCUUAGUUUUGUUCUUCCUUAAUAAAUAACAAUUACACCCACCACUUCUCAUAUCAACAGUAGUUUAUAUAUAUCUAUCUGAUCUGUUGCAAUUACACAUCAAUAAUUUCAGUAAGAUGGGGAUGGUGAUGCAAAUGCGUCUCUUGCAGUUGGUGGUGUUAUUCAUCGGAGUAUUUGAAUUAAACGGCGUCGUUUGUUCUUACACUCGGCCUCCUGUUCGUAAAACCAUCUUUGUUCCUCAUGACGAUGAUGAUUCCAACUCACCAGAACAGGUACAUAUAUCUCAAGUGGGCCAAGAUAAGAUGAGAAUAUCAUGGAUCACAAGCAACUCAGGCCCGGCUAAAGUUGAAUACGGCCCAUCUCCUUCUUCAAUCGCAUUUUCUGAAACUGGUUCUACCUCCUCAUAUCAUUAUACCUUGUAUGAAUCUGGAGAAAUUCAUGACGUGGUAAUUGGGCCACUGAAGCCCAACACUGUCUACUACUACCGUUUGGGUGAUCCACCUUCAAGCCGAACCUACCAGCUCAAGACUCCACCCUCUCAAUUGCCCAUCAAGUUUGCAGUUACUGGUGAUCUUGGACAAACAGAAUGGACAAAGUCAACGCUAGAGCAUAUAGAAAAGUCAAAUUACGAUAUGCUACUACUAGCAGGUGACCUAGCCUACGCAGAUAUGGUACAAGAGCUAUGGGACUCGUACGGUCGGCUGGUUGAGCCCUUAGCGAGCCAGCGUCCAUGGAUGGUGACGCAAGGGAACCAUGAGAUUGAGAAGAUUCCCAUCAUCCAUAGCGAGCCCUUCACAGCCUUCAAUGCCAGGUGGCGAAUGCCCUACGAGGAGAGCGCUUCUGACUCCAACCUCUACUACUCCUUCGACGUGGCCGGUGGUGUCCACGUCAUCAUGUUGGGUUCCUAUACUGAUUUUGAGGCUGGGUCCUCGCAGUACCAAUGGCUUCAGGGGGACUUGAAGAAGGUCGAUAGGUCCAAGACUCCUUGGGUGGUGGUGUUGAUCCACGCGCCGUGGUAUAACUCCAACCAAGCUCAUCAGGGUGAGAAGGAAUCCGUCAACAUGAAAGCGGCUCUCGAAGGUUUGCUCUACCAAGCUCGUGUUGAUUUUGUUUUUGCUGGACAUGUUCAUGCUUAUGAGCGCUUUACGAGAGUUUAUAAAGACAAAGCUGACAACUGUGGUCCAGUGCAUAUAACAAUUGGUGAUGGUGGAAACCGUGAAGGCCUUGCUACCAACUACAUAGAUCCGAAGCCAGACAUAUCGAUAUUCACGGAGGCUAGCUUUGGGCAUGGAAUAUUGGAGGUAUUUAAUGCAUCACAUGCACUCUGGAGUUGGCAUAGGAAUGAUAAUGACGAAGCUACUGCUAGUGACUCUGCUUGGUUAACAACCCUCACUUCUAACCCUGCUUGUAAAUGAUCCUAGUUAGGAAAAAUAGUAUUCCUAGCUAAUAUAUCCUUUUCUCAAUUAUUAAAAAAUAUACUGUUGAUAUA